CUUAGUGCAUGAGUUAUGAAAAGUAAGCAAAACCGAAUAAAUCAAAACGGAAGAUUAGGUAAAACGAGCAGAUUUAAGUUAAAGGUUGUAUCAUUUUACACAGUACCUUUGCUUUUCCUUAAAAGUCGCAAUAGAAUAACCAAUUUAACAGAUCCAUUUAUAUAUUUUUUAUAUCAAGUAGUCUUAAUAGUUGUGAAUGACAAACCAAAACUAGGAAUUUGUUAAAUAUUUUCCAGUAACAAUUUAUUACCAUUUAUAAGAAUUAGGUUCACUAAUCCUAGAUAAUAUAACUCAAAGAAAUUUAAAACUCAAAAUGACAUCAGACGAUGGUAAUGAGGUCUGUUCAAAAUUGGUAGAGUUCAGAAUAAUGGAUAACACUGAGAAAUCUGCUCUGGACUUUGCAGAAAAUAUGCUCUCGGAUAUGGAUCAGUUUUGGGGUGGAACAUUUGUUGACGGUCUUUUGGAUUAUUUGAAGAUACCAAAUAUUUUGAACGAACCGCGUCAGUGUGUGAAGUCCUUAAGGGUCCUCCAUGAAAUAACAACACAUUGCACAGAAGUGGAUUUAUUACGUCUAUCUACAAACACAGAUGUUCUCGACUUGUUAAGGACAAUCCUGGAAACCCCAAAAAUUCGGAAACUAAUCGUUCGCACUUCGUUGACCUUGGUCAGCAAUUUUAUCCUGGAUGGAUGGCCGAAUCGUGAUUGCAUCUUUGAAUCAGGAAUACUCAAUGCAGUGCUCAAGCUGAUGAAUCCCCAUCGCCAGGAGUUACCGAAGUACAAGGCGUUGAUGGGCCAAAUAAUAUAUUUGCUAUAUCAGUAUCUGAGGUACAAAAAUGUGGGACCCAAAACGGUUUCCUUGGAGAGAAUAGCUAAAGCCCUGGCUAAGGUGCUAAAACCGUCUCAAGAUGUGGAUAUCAUCCUGCCACUUUUGAAGAUUGCUCGUCUUCUCUCUGAAUAUAACAGUGAAACUCGGUCGGUAAUGAUUUUCUCAGGUCUCAUUAGUCGAGUGGCUCCUUUCGUUUUGCACCCUUUGCCUGAGAUCAAGCGAGAGACUAUUUUCAUUUUGGCCAACACCUGUAUGCAGCGACACAAUAGAAAAAAAGACGAUCUCUAUCGCUUUUCCAAACGCCUUAUUAAUUUAAUCAGUGAUUUGCUUCUUUCUGGUCCGGUUGAAAUCAGAGUCUUGGUCAAUCACCUACUGUGCGGAAUCAUAGAUAACCAAUGCAUAAAGAUCGAUAUGAUGCUGAUAGUAAUCCCAAAGAUCAUUCGGUGUGCCAGUGCGGAAGAACAAGAGAUAGAAGUCCGUCUAGCUGCAGGAUGGACCCUGGCCAGCCUGGCCAUGCAUUUGGAUCCCAAGAUCUUUCCCGUGUUUAUCACGUUUAAGGGAUAUAAUGUACUCUGCGAGUUGCUGCACACCGAUCUACCUGUUCAACUUGUUAGAAAUAUCCUAUCUGCUUUUGUCAGGCUCAUCGAAUCGUUUGUCGUUAUGAAGCCCUAUUGGAUAGGAGUCAUGUGGGAGACCAAUACUUGGCCAGUUUUACUGAAACUUCUAGAAAGUAGAAACGCUACUGUCAAUACUUUGGCGACUUUACUAAACCGUCAUGGAGAUCGAGGAGAUGUAUGUUGGAUAGAUGUUUUAGGGGGCUAAUAUACCUUGAUACGCCUUGAUUGUGAAGAAAUUUCCAAAAUAUUGUUAAGUUUUUAACGUAAUUGUAAGAAAAGAAAGGCUUCCCUUCUAUUUCGUUGAUCAAUCAACAUAUAAUCUAUAUCAUUAUCAGCCUAAUGCAAACCUAUUUAAAAUAAACCUAUUUACAGAGUUCAGCAAAGGUUAAAAAAGCUUUUAUCCGUCAAAUGGCCAGCUGUAGCCCUUAUUAAAACGUUUCCGAAUUUCAUGCCAAACAACGCACACAUACAUUUUCAGUUCAUUUCGGGCUGGGAACGAUUCAAUUAUUAUUACACACGCUAAUUGAAUGGCUACCAAUCUAUGCUAAUACAUAUAUUAUUUAUGCAUUUUUCCGAAAAUUUGUUUUCCUUCUGCUCGCUGACGUUGUUGUUGGUGUACAUUUGCGAGGAGAAAACCAUAAAAG